AUGUUAAUGCAAGUAUCUGAAAUGGAAACACUCACUGAAACUAAUAUCAGAUGCAUAGAGCCUGAGCUGACCUACUUAGAAUUCCUCCAACCAAGUAGAUGCCGUCCGACAUACUGGAACAACCUAGGUUCAUCAAAGAACAGAACAGCUGAACAACAAAUACAAGCUAGACAAGCCAUCAACCAGCAAUUACAUGACAUAAACCCAGAUGCUGCUAUAGCUUUUACUGACGGAUCAUGCAGAGGAAAUCCUGGUCCAUGUGGUGCAGGAUCUUGUGUUUUUUUACCAAGUGGUGAACGGAUGGAAUUAAAGCAGCCAGUUUCUAAAAUGGCUUCAAUUCUCCUUGGUGAGCUUAUAGCUAUCAAGAUCACAUUAGAAUUCAUUGUAAAGGAGCAAACAAAAUACAGAAUACCUUCAUUACACAUAUUUUCAGACAGUCAGACAGUAAUUGGGAUUUUGACAUUAGGAUGGGAAAACAAGUUACAUAUUAAGGCUGUUCAAGAAGUUAAAAGUAUCUGGAAAGCAUCUGAAAAGGGUGGAACCACUAUAAAACUUGAUUGGUCACCAGGGCAUGCCGCAAUUGCUGGAAAUGAAAUAGCAGACAGACUAGCUAAGGAAGCUGCACUACAGCUGAAGAAAUGA